AUGGCUACACGAUGGAACAGACGGCGACUGGUCGCUACAUUCGUCGUCAUUGGCGUCAUCAGCUUGCUGUACUUGCAGCACGAUUCCGGAGCCCUGGCGCCUUGGGACGUGCCGCCCAGCGACAUUCGACCUCCGGGACCGCCUAUCCCGCCCACCCAAGAGCAACCGGCGCCGACUCCAUACGUCCCCGGGCCACCCACGCCGCCACCGCUAGCACCUCCACCUUCGCCUCCCGCACAAGCAGCCUCACCACCGCCAGUCGUCAGCUCUGGCAAGUUUCACUGGUCGACCCUGAAGCUGCACUAUCCUAUCGCGCCCGAGCAAAUUAAGCCGCUGCCGUCGGCUAGCCCGGAGAUGCUGCGGGCGAUCCCCAAGAUCCAGUACGAGUUCGGGGCCGAGACGGCGGAGGCGAAGCGGGUGCGGCUGGAGCGGCUGGCGUACGUCAAGGCCAACUUUACGCAUGCCUGGACGGGCUACAAGACGCAGGCCUGGCUGAAGGACGAGGUGCGCCCGAUCAAAGGCGGGGGCGUCGAGCGGUUCGGCGGCUGGGCCGCCACGCUGGUGGACUCUCUGGAUACGCUGUGGAUCAUGGGCUUGACGUCCGAGUUCGAAGAGGCCGUCGCGGCUAUUGACAAGAUUGACUUUACAACGUCUACUGAGGAGGAGGUGAACGUGUUUGAGACGACGAUCCGAUACUUGGGCGGGUUCCUGGCUGCAUAUGACCUGUCGGGGGGCAAGUACCCGUCGCUGUUGCAAAAGGCAGUGGAGCUGGGCGACAUGCUGUACGUGGCGUUUGACACGCCCAACCACGUGCCGAUUGCGCGGUGGAAGUACGGCGAGGCACGCAAGGGCGUGUCGCAGAAGGCGUCCCGGAUGGCGCUGGUGUCGGAACCGGGCUCACUGUCGAUGGAGUUCACGCGGCUGAGUCAGCUGUCGGGCAAUGCCAAGUACUACGACGCGGUGCAGCGGGUGAUGGACCUGUUUGCCGACCAGCAGGACCGCACCUUUAUUCCGGGGCUGUGGCCGGUGACGGUCAACACGGAGCAGGGCGACUUUACGGGAGGGUCUGGGUUCACGAUUGGCGGCAUGGCUGACUCGCUCUACGAGUAUCUGCCCAAGGAACACCUCAUGCUCGGCGGGGCCAGCGACCAGUACCGCACGAUGUACCUUAAGGCGCUCGCGGCGAUGGAUGCGAACCUGUUCUUCCGGCCGCGGACCAAGUCGGCGCGGCCGAUGCUCUUCCCGGGCGACAAGACGGUGGGCAGGAACAUUGUGGCGGCGCAGGUGGCGACGGACAUGGAGACGGCGCGGCAGCUGGUCGAGGGCUGUCUGUGGGGAUACGAGAACGCGCCGAACGGGAUCAUGCCGGAGAUCAUGGAGGUGUCGCCGUGUCCGCGGGCCGAGGCCGAGUGCGUGUGGAGCGACAAGGACUGGUACGGCGACGUGCGGCGGAAGAGUCGGCUGGCAUCGACGACCAAGGACAAGGACGGCGCAGUGGACGUAGCAGCCAUCGUCGAGGCCGAGAACCUGCGGCCGGGCAUAGCCCGCUACGACGACACGCGCUACAUCCUGCGGCCAGAGGCGAUUGAGAGCAUCUUUGUGCUGUACCGGCUGACGGGCGAGGCCACGCUUCUGGACCGGGCGUGGGCCAUGUUCGAGGCUAUCGUGCGGACGACGACGACGCCGAUCGCGCACGCGGCACUCAAGGACUGCACGCAGACGGAUCCGCGCGCUAGCAUGGUCGACAGCAUGGAGAGCUUCUGGCUGGCCGAGACGCUCAAGUACUUUUACCUGCUGUACGCGUCGCCGGACCUGGUCAGCCUGGACGAGUACGUGCUGAACACGGAGGCACACCCGCUGCGGCGGCCGAGAGCGCGAAGCUACAAACAGCGUACAGCCACCAACCACCGCCACCCACCCGCCCACAGCCAGCCACACGCCACGCCAACCCCGCCAAGAUGGACGCGACGCGACGUUUUCCAAUGGACAUUGUCCCCAUCUGCUCAUCUGCUCACGCUUUUUCUUCACCACGCCGUCAUCCUCGCUGCCAUGGCUCUCCCGCUGCCGCCGGGCAUCACGCCCGCCGAGGUGUCGUUUCUCUGCGAGAUGGAGCUCGUCACAGUCGUCCCGCGUCAGCGUCUCGACCCGAUCCAUCUGUUGGGAGGCGACACCCCUCCCCUGCGCCCACCUCACCGUGCCGUCUUGCCGCUCUGGCUGGCCCUCCUGCUGAAGCGCCAGCGUCGUGCUAGCAUCGUCGCCCCGCCCUGGCUGCACCCGUCCAGCCUGCAGGAGCUGGUGCGAAUCGAGACAGUCGGCAGCAGCAGCAGCAACAACAACAACAACAACAACAACAGCGGCGGCACCGAGGACGCCUCCAUGUUUGCGCCGCCGCCGCCACCGCCCCGUCGAGCCGAUGGUCGAGGUGGUGCUCACGCCUACGGUCCAACGGUCUCCCCUCCCUUUCUUCCUUCCGCCACUGCUGAUGCGCCGGCCGGCUACCUGCCCUAUCACUGGCUCGAACUCGCCGAGAUCCUCCUCGCUCACGCCCCCGACGACCUUCCCGCACCCCCCGGUGAUGUUCGUGGCCUUCUCCGCGACCUCGCUGAAGCUCGUGCCGCCAAGGUCCGCCAGCUCGCCGUCGCUGCCGCUGUCGCCAGCACCGGCACCUCCGCCCAUCUCGCCAGCUCGAGCCAACUCGACAGCCCACCGCUCGUCAACCUGCGUGGCAUCGGCGCCAUGGAACUCGCCGAGUCGCGCGGCCUCGUCACCGCCGUCCACAACGGCGUCCGCCGGCUUGGCGCCGCUGCCGAGGCCAGUCGCCGUGACGACGACGAGGCUCAGCUUGGCGACGGAUCACACCGUCCAGGCGGCCAAGACUACGACGACGACGACGAAGACGAAGACAUGGGCAUAUGA